GUUCCACUUCUUAAAAAAGGAGGAAACUUUCUGGAGUUGAGAACCACAAGAAUUCUCUCAACUCAUUGACUGAGACUACCAACAAUAACAUCAAUAUUGCUUUUGGAUGAUGCCUAGACACCAGCUCAGCACCGAAACCUUGAGCGAAAACAAGACCAAAAGCACAAAGAGAGAGGGGUCGAGAAGACGAAGCGAGAAACCAAUACCAGCAUUCUCCACAAUGACGCUGCCUGCUAUCUUAUCUCGCACCUUGGAUGAGAUCUUGACCACCGCCCUAGAUCCUGAUGACGCCAUGCAGUCCAGCAACAUGGAUGAUUUCCUCACCAACCUCUGGGCUUCUGAUGAGGUCAACACCUCCACCAUCACUGCUACCACAGGCUCCAUCUCUCCACUGCUCCAUAACAAAGACCGCACCCUCAGUUGCACCACAUUGUGGGAGAAGACCAUGGAUGAGGUAUGGGUAAAGAUCCAGAGGGAGGAAACACUACACAGCCCCCACACUCAUGACCAGUCUACCCUUGAGGAGAUCACCCUCGAAGAAUUUCUUGUACAGGCAGGUGUAGUACAAGAAGGGCACAAUUCUUGUGUUUCCUUAACACUAUCUCCACAGUGGAUCCCAGGCAACAAUUCAAGAGCUCAAAAUGAUGGUGAAGAGAAAGGGUUCAACCAUGUUCUGGGGUUGGGGGACAAGAACCAUGGGAAUCUCAUGUGCACCAAAAGCGGAGUUUAUCAUGGAGAGGGAGAGAACAAGGGGGUGGUGGGGUUUGGAGCACAGCAGUUAGAGAUGGGAUCACCAGGAAGCCAAAUUUCAAUAAGCACAGCAUCAACUCAUCGUAAUGCAUCAGUGGAGCACGUAGAUGGGCUUGGUUUAUUUGGUAGGGAGGAAGUAGGAGGGAGGAGUUGUAGGGGAAAGAGGGGUUUGAAUGAUAUGAUAGGAAGGAUGAUGGAGCGGCGAAAGAGGAGGAUGAUCAAGAAUCGUGAAUCUGCUGCUCGUUCUCGUGCCAGAAAGCGGGCUUACACAUUGGACCUAGAAGUAGAGGUCAACCAGCUCAAAGAAGAGAAUGCCGCACUCCAAGAAGACAAGCAAAGGUUCUGGGCAGAAACAACGCAUGCAGUCCUUCAGUUGAUGGAUGAAAAUUCAUGGAUCAAUGCACAGAAGACUAUUUACACUCAUCGCCGGUAUAAUAGUUGCUCAUGGUGAUAUGCCCUCAUGACCAAUAAUCAUAGCCUCCGACAAACCAGUAAACUAGUGGUUAUGUACCUAAACUAAAAGAUGAUGUAAAUUGAGUGCAACAUUUUUGCAACUUGAGUCUCUCUCUCUCUUUUUAUUUUUUAUUUUUUGCAAGUUUUGUGAAGGAAGCAAGUGCAUCUUGACUACAAGCAUGAAUAUCCUUGAGAAAAUGUAAGAGUCUCACUUUAGUAUACUUA